UCCGAGGCCAUCCACCCCGGGAGCUGUGGCGGCGGCGACUGCGUUUCUCGCUAGCUCAAGCGGAAAACCCAAAGCCACGAUGGCAUCAGGAACCGCAGGGCUGUAAGGCAGCAGAGCGCGAGCCGGCAGGCCGGGCAGGGCAACAGAAGCAGGUCGCGGACAAACCAGGUUGCCGCCAUGGAGCUGAGGGUUGGGAACCGCUACCGUCUGGGCCGGAAGAUCGGGAGUGGCUCCUUUGGGGACAUCUACUUGGGAACUGAUAUUGCUGCUGGAGAGGAGGUUGCCAUUAAGUUGGAAUGUGUGAAAACUAAACAUCCUCAGCUUCACAUCGAGAGUAAAAUCUACAAAAUGAUGCAGGGUGGAGUGGGCAUUCCCACAAUUAAGUGGUGUGGAGCUGAAGGGGACUACAAUGUAAUGGUGAUGGAGCUGUUGGGACCGAGUCUUGAAGAUCUCUUCAAUUUUUGUUCAAGAAAAUUUAGUCUCAAGACAGUUCUAUUACUUGCUGACCAAAUGAUUAGUCGAAUUGAAUAUAUUCACUCUAAGAACUUCAUCCACCGAGAUGUGAAGCCAGAUAACUUCUUGAUGGGCCUGGGGAAGAAAGGCAAUCUUGUCUACAUAAUAGACUUUGGACUAGCAAAGAAGUAUCGAGAUGCACGAACUCACCAACAUAUUCCAUAUCGUGAAAAUAAAAACUUAACAGGAACUGCUCGUUAUGCAUCCAUCAACACUCAUCUUGGAAUUGAGCAAUCUCGCAGAGAUGACUUGGAGUCCUUGGGCUAUGUACUGAUGUAUUUUAACCUGGGCUCCCUCCCCUGGCAGGGACUGAAAGCAGCAACAAAGAGGCAGAAAUACGAACGUAUCAGUGAAAAGAAAAUGUCUACACCCAUUGAGGUUUUGUGUAAAGGAUAUCCUUCUGAAUUUGCCACAUACUUGAAUUUCUGCCGUUCUUUGCGUUUUGAUGACAAACCGGACUAUUCCUAUCUAAGACAAUUAUUCAGAAACCUCUUCCACCGACAGGGGUUCUCCUAUGACUAUGUGUUUGACUGGAACAUGCUGAAAUUUGGGGCAAGCAGAGCGGCUGAAGAUUCUGAACGUGAAAGGCGAGAACGAGAGGAAAGAUUGAGACAUACACGAAAUCCAGCUGUGCGUGGAAUACCCUCCACUGCUUCUGGCAGGCUGAGAGGAGCGCAAGAUGUAGCUCCUCCAACUCCUCUUACCCCAACUUCACAUGCUGCCAACACCUCUCCUCGGCCAGUAUCUGGUAUGGAACGAGAAAGGAAAGUGAGUAUGAGAUUGCAUCGCGGUGCCCCAGUCAAUAUCUCGUCAUCUGACUUGACAGGCAGACAAGAUACCUCUCGCAUGUCAACCUCCCAGGGGUUUCUGUAGCUACUGAGAGCACUGUCGGUUGCAAACUUUUGAAGACAUAGUUGUGGUACUAAACCUUUCACCGAAGGAUUUUGGUAGUCGUGGUCAGAACACAGCAGUUAGGGUAUACAGGAAGAAAGAGAAGGGAUUCAUUGCUUUGCUUACAGAAAGGAUGUCUUUUGUCUCUUUAAAGGUAAAUGUUUUUGUUUGGCUAUUGCUUCCUUUCCAGAAGUCUUUUUCACAAACACUUUCUUACAAAGUAAUACACUUUAUUGAUAGGAAGUAUGGUCUCGUGGUUUAAGCCCAGGACGUAAGGGACGAGAAUUGUUAUCGAGACUUGAUCAAUUACGGGAGCUAGGGUAAAACCAAGAAAAACAGUGAGCUUUACCCACAGUGCCCUCUAUAAUAGUCCUAGCUUUUGCCAUGUAAUUCUCAAAAGUCUAUUCAUAAUCUGAGGGAAAAUGUACCUUCAGGAAUUCUCUGUAUUUGAUAAGCAUGCCUUUAGAAGUUGGAAGGAUAUUUAAUUUAUUCUCACAGUUUUCAUUUAGAACUGGCUGUGUGCUUUUAUGUGGAAAACUCUUCCCGUGCUGCUGUUUUACAUAAUCUUGAUGGUUACAGAGUCCCUGAACUCUUUGUGAUACAAGUACCUUGAAAACAAAUGAAAAUAAAACCUACAAUGAGAGAGAUACUAAGUAAAAGUAUUUAAGGAGUCCGUAUAUGCCAUGUUAACUUAAUGAAAAGACUCGUAAUCUCCCUUGGAGGAAGGCAUGUAUAACUCAGAGGCAUCUCAUUCUUCCUUCUCCAGUGAGGAAAAAUAGCAUAGGCGCAACUAUUUGUUGUCUUCUUUUCCCCAUGUUCCAGACCUCUUGAGUGGCAGCUCCUCCAUAAAAUCUGUCAAAGGCAGCACUUUAGGAAACUGAAUUUCCCAACAAGAAUCUUUACAAUGUAUUUACAGAUUUAAGUAGAUCAUCAGCUAAAGCAUACAUGUUCAUUGCAAGAAUAUCUUUUUCUUUGUAAAAGAAUGAAAUAGAAGGUAAUUAUUUUGUUCUUUAUCUUUUGCUUUACAAGUGCAGCAGUUCAUGUGUGUAAAAUACUAAGUGAAAACAACACUGCUGUUCAAGGGUUUUCUAAUAGUGCUGAGCCAUCUGGUCAGAUAUCUAGAUUUAAUCCAAUUGGAAGGAAAUGUAAUACACUAUGUACUUAAAGUAGCUUCUAAAACUCACUGGGUGAGAAAAGUUAAUAAUAAAAAAAAGGUUUUGUCGUUAACAGUACACUUCCCUCUGGUUCAUUCAGGUGACAGUUACUAGUAUUACAUGUGUAUGUCUACAUUUAAGUGAUUGUAUGAACCUGAAUUGUGUGGACUAUUUGCAUUGUUCAGUAGUUUUGUACCAGCAGAGUGCUCAGAAGCCUGAUCUUCAGUGAGAAUCUGUUUCACAGCAAAAUCUUACUAAC